ACUAAUUUUUUGGACCAAAACCAUAUGACCUUGUAUCAUUUAUAACCAGAUUUAUUAAAUUUAUUUUUGUGAAAAAUUUGGUAUGGAAAUUGGUAUGUUAAAUGGAUGAUGACAAGUCUAACCAGUUAGUAGUUGUCCUACCCUAACCAUAUUCCAUUAAUGCAUACAUAAACUUAUACCUCACCUCAUCUUCUACUAACCAUACCUCUCAUUCAUUUUUCCUUCUCCUUCAUAAAUUCUCCAUUUUUCUCUCCAAUUUUCAAAACCCUUAAUUUUGCUUUGUCUUUGAGGUACUUCCAAAACUCACACACUCUAACCCCAAUUCAGUGAUUUGUGUGAAGUGUGUUGCUGACACUGUUUGGUGAAGUGGGUGUGUUUUGGUUUUGAAGAUGAAGGUUACUGUGGUUUCUAGGAGUGGAAGAGAGAUUGUUAAAGGUGGAAUUGAGCUCAAAGAUUCUGCUACUGUAGCAGAUCUGCAGGAGGCAAUUCACAAGCGAACCAAGAAGCAUCCAUCGAGGCAGCGCUUGACACUUCCUGUCCAACCAGGAUCAAAGGAAAAGCCAGUAGUUCUUAAUUAUAAAAAGAGUCUGAAUGACUAUACAAGUGGAAAUUCAGAAACCUUAACCGUAACAUUCAAGGACUUAGGUCCACAAGUUUCUUAUCGUACACUAUUCUUCUUCGAGUAUUUGGGGCCGUUGCUUCUCUAUCCAGUCUUCUAUUACUUCCCUGUUGUCUACCAGUAUUUUGGCUACAAAGGUGAACGUGUCAUCCACCCUGUGCAGACAUAUGCCUUGUACUAUUGGUGUUUCCAUUACGCCAAACGAAUUCUGGAAACAUUUUUCGUGCAUCGCUUCAGCCACGCAACCUCUCCCCUUUCCAACGUUUUCCGCAACUGUGCGUAUUACUGGACCUUUGGCUCGUAUAUUGCUUAUUAUGUGAACCAUCCGCAUUAUACCCCCGUAAGUGACCUUCAAAUUAAGAUCGGGUUUGGGUUUGGGAUACUCUGUCAAAUUUCAAAUUUCUAUUGCCAUAUUAUAUUGAGGAAUCUCCGUGGACCUGCUGGAGAAGGUGGAUAUCAAAUCCCACGUGGCUUUCUCUUCAAUAUUGUUACUUGUGCAAACUAUACAACAGAGAUCUACCAGUGGUUGGGCUUCAACAUUGCAACGCAAACCAUUGCCGGUUAUAUAUUCCUCGCUGUUGCUACUUUUAUCAUGACCAACUGGGCUCUUGCUAAGCACAGGCGCUUGAAGAAGUUGUUUGAUGGAAAGGAAGGGAGACCGAGGUAUCCUCGCCGAUGGGUGAUAUUGCCUCCAUUCCUGUAGAAGCCUAAGCCACUAGCAAUUACGAGGUCACCGUUAUGUGCUCACAGGAUUCUGAGACUUAGAAAUAUAGCAUAAUGAACCUUUAGUCAAUUAUUACUCUAGAUAUGAAUUUGUCUUUCAAUGUUUGAUCUAUGAAGUUGAUUUCCAAGUUAUUUCAAGUUGUUUUUAUUGGAUAUUUGUAAUCGUUUAUCUUAUUGAGGAAUCUUGUUUCUUAAGAAUCUUAUUUGAUGUUUCUAUUGUAUUUUGGUUGGCUUCCUCCUUU